AUGUCCGCGCUCGGCCAAAUCCGACAUCAUCCGUCCGCGCUGAACAAUGGCCGAGCCCACGUACCGACCCGGGAAGCAUCGUCCCGCGGUCGGCCAAACCAGAAUCACGCCAGCCGCGCACGACCGUACCGCGCGACCGGGAAGCAACGCCUCGCGGCCGUGCGCACAACUCACGUACCGGCCGAUGCGCCGUCCGACCAGGAAGGCCUCGUCCCACGUCCGGCCGAAUCCUCGACCAAUAUCAUCCGUCCGCCGAACCCGACGAACGACGCGAAAACUCUCGGCCACGAUCGACCGACCGUGCCGAUAGCCGACCACGACCCGAUAGCCGGCCGACGUCCCGACCGACCGUCCGAACGCCGGUCGACCCGAAGCCGUUUUUGA